AGCGUCUUUUUCUUCUUUGGGAACAAAAAUACCCAUAGAACCUAUCAAUACUGGAACGUCAAUCCGCGCAGCAUUUGGAGAAUAAACGACUCUCAGUAUUCUUCUCGCCUUCACAGUUGCACUGUCGGCACGCUUGAUGAGAGCUAAUCGUGUGUUAACAUUAUUCGUCCAAACAAGGCCCAAGGAAGGUAUCUUAGGGUUAGGAUCUAAAUCAUCCCAUCCGUUAAACCAUUGUGACUGAUAAUCCAAACUAAACAAUCCAAUUGCAUCGUAAUCCCGUGUUAGACGAUCACUCACUUGAUUUGCAAUAACGACAGCUGCUUCAUACUGCCGGCUAAGAUCUCGAAGUAUAGAUGCAAGCUUUCCCAAUUGGUUUCCCCUAAUAGCAAUAUUAUUUAAAUCUGUGUAAUGACUUUUUGAACGAUUGUACUUUAAUUCAGCACGAUAAUUAGCAGCGACACUAUCUAACACAACUAGCCCUAUACUCUCUCGUUGAAAAAGAAUAGGAAGUUGGUACUGAAUAAUGUGCUCUUGUGACUCUAAAUCUGGACAAAGGAUGGUAUAUACCCUAUCACCAGGGUUUCGAAUAAAUACAUCGCCUUCUUCAGCUUCUGGAAAUCUGUCCGGUAUAUAUUUUGCUAGCUCAAAUAGGCGCUUUGUUUCGAGUCCAGAUUCGGUAGAUAUAAAUACAGCAGCUUUAUUUAAUCCACCAAAAGCUCUAGGAAGUUGAGCCAUUAUACAAAGCUGCAUACAUAGUUGAGACUUGCCAGAACCACUUUCGCCGCAUACUUCAGUCAAUUGUCCAACAGGUAUGCCACCCCCAAGCUUCUGAUCUAAGACUAAAUCUCCCGUCGUCAAGAAGGAUUGCUUUAUCUGUGAAGCAACCUUCCUCUUCGGUCUCAAUAAAAGAGUAACCUGUUGGAUGAUUUGGAUGAGUUCAUCUUUUUUACAAUUUGUUCGCUUCUCCAAAUCCUCAACAUCAAUAGUUAAGAGGUCAAUGGUACUUACAUCUGCUAAACAUACAAACAAGUUAGCCAUUUCUUUACUGCUUUGUGACACAAAAACGUACUUUACGACAUACCAUUCUCAAAUGCGGCAGCAUGUUUUUCGUCAAAAUGAAAAUUUGCGACAUAAUUUGAAAUAUCCAUCCAUUUAUUUUCAGAAACGAUCAGUUCGUGAACUCUUGGAGUUACGAAUAUGGAAAACAAUAGCCAAGGUUAGGAUAAUCGUAUCUCUUCCUUAUUUUCCUCGAUAGAAAAAAUAAGAUAAAAGAUAUUGGCUCUAUGAUAUUAGUAAAUUCUUAAGUUUUUAAAAAGUUUACGUGUGCGAAGCGAACCCUGGCUUUUUUACCUUGGUGGUGAAAUGUUGGAGUAGUAAACAAUGAAAACGAAACGUGGAAGCUGUCUAAAAAAUAGUGAAUUUACAAAAUAGAAUAUUUAGUAGGCCAAAAAUAUAUUCAUGUCCAAUAUAUAGCAACCUACUAAAUAUAGACUUUUAUAGCAUCAGCUAGUAGGCAUCGACGAUACUACCAGCAAAAUGAGCUUGCAGUAAAGUGUCUCAUUAGUAAAAAUUUUGCAAGGGUCUUUGGGAUUAUUUUGCAGUCGAAACGAAUCACCAUGCUCCUUACCUGCAAAGAAUUGAUCUUUCCUACAGACGGGAAACACGGAAGUUUACCGACCUCAUGCUCAGUCAAAACGCCGUGGGGAGGAGUUAAUAACUUUCAAAAGAUCAUAACUAUGCAAAUACCAUCAGAGGUUUAUUCUUUAUCCUCGAAGUACUCUAAUCCUAGGAUUACCUUUAGAAGUAGCAGUCAUCAAGUAACGCUUUUUCAGUAGGUGUAAGGACACUUAGCAGCUAAAGUACUACAUACGUAUUGAAUAUUGGGUUUUUUUAUCUUUAUUAUUUAUUUAUUUAUUUACGGUACAUUUAUUGCUGCAUACAUCGAAGAUUUGUGCCUUGAUUCCCUAGAAUUGCUUAAAGCACAAUAUAUAUACUACAAUUGGAGAGUUUAUACACCGAAAUCACUGAUGAAAUCGCAAUAAUAGAUAGAUAAAGAAUAGUCUGAUGUAUCAACUUAACAAGAAAAGAACGAAAAAAGAGCUUGACAGACAUCCCCACUGUAUUUAUGGUACACCGGUCAACCUAGAGGCAUAUCAAAAUAGUCAUGAUUUACCGGUUUGGAAACAGACGGCAAGAGAUGAAAGAAAUAGAAAACGGUUUCACGGUGCAUUCACAGGUGGCUUUUCGGCAGGGUACUUCAAUUCAGUAGGAUCCAAAGAAGGAUGGCAGCCAAAGGCUUGGUCAAGUUCCAAGACUGAUCGGGGUCAAAAGGCCGGUCUGUCUUUGGACGAUAUUAUGGAUGAAGAAGAUAAAAAUGAUCAAGAAAUGUCCAAAGUUUACAGUGUCCAAGGUGACAUUUUAGAGCGAUCCAUUCCUCUCGAUGAUCCGAUUCUAAGAGAGCUUGGACCAAAGCAGUCUACCAUUGGCGAAAAUAUCUUAAGAAAUUUUGGAUGGAAUGGGAAGGAUUUUAUUACUUCCCCAGCUAAGGAUUGUUACGAGAGAGAAGAUUCUGUCAGAUCCACUACUCAUGGGCUAGGAUAUCAGCAAGACGAAACGAUUCAUCAACAGAGAACUCUGAAUAAUUCUGUGAAGAAGAAACCAGCAAAUUAUGCUUUUGGCUUAGGUGUUGCGUUAGAUGAUAAUGAAGACGAUGAAGACUCGUACAACAUUGGGCCACCAAGAUCUCAGUUCGACAAGAGUAUUAAUUUGAAGAAGAAAACUCCUUCCAUUAAAUCUUCUUCUGGAAAGCAUACUUUUAUUUCAAAGAAGAGUAAACUGAAAACAGCUUCUUCACCCUCAACCACUUGUAUGGAUGGUUUACCCGUUCUUGCUGGAUUCCUUGUAAUAUAUUCUCCGGAAACUUUUACUAAUCAACGGUUUCCUGCACCUGAAAUUCCUGAAGGUUGGGUAUCACGAUUCUCAUCUUCUGCGCAUUCCCCUUCUCAUACAUCCUCCUUUCAAAAAAGCACGAACGCAAAUGAUCGUUCUGAAGCGCUUUUUGGAUCAGCAGAACAUUCAAGGGAUACUCAAGAAACCUCACCACAAGUUGAUCUCUCAGAUGAGCAGAAUUGGAGAAUAAUUGAUUUAGACACGGCGAAACAUGCUCUUUCGAGAAAAGACAAUCCAUAUACUGAUGAACGAGCAGGAUUAUACGAAAUCUUUUUAAAAGCCCAUGUUCAAGAUAUGCCAAAGCUUUUAGCAGAGAUGCACACUCAUUAUCUUUCCGAGUUUGCUCGAACCGCAUCUUUAUAUCGUCCAAUGUCUAGAAAUCUGUCAAUGCGGUUUACUUCCUCUUCUGGUGAUAAUCCCCCUACUGCCGUAACGAUUUCGGAAUCCACGGGUCAGGCUUCAGAUACUUCUUCGCCAUUGAUCAGACCUCGUGAAAUUUCAGAUUUCUAUCCAAGUCGCUUACUUUGUAAACGGUUUCACGUUCGUCCUCCGGAUAUAAAACAAGAACCUUCUGUACGAACAAGUGAACAACCCUCUAUCGAACCUUCAUAUGACAAUAUAAUAAAUACGGUAGAGAAAAAUACUGUCAACCAUUCCGUUGAUGUUAAAGUAUCCCCUGAAAGCCUUUUCAAUGCAAUAUUUGGUGAUGAUUGAUUGUGUUUAUAUUGUACAAUGGUUAAGCAGAUAUGUAUUCCAUAUUUUGGGUAUAAAAUGCAUGCAUGAUUUUCUACUUUAUCUAUUCUAGGUUUUUUUUUUAAUUAAAUAUAUAAUAAAAUUCGUAAGAGUUUGGUUACUUGCAAUGGCACGCUCGUCUAGUACUCGCUUGCCAAUCCUACGUA